UUGUCCAUCGAUGAGAGACAAUGAGUCAGUUAUAUUCAAUGCAGGAUGUUUUACAGAAUAAUGGGUUAAAUGGAUCUUUCAAGCUGGUGUCAGAGAUGGGAACGUCCCAACCAAAUUGGGACUACGUCGAAUCGUUGUGUUGCCUGAGCGUCAAAAAUGUGUCCUACACUGUGAGUGAACAUGUAGGACCUUGGUGGGACCUUCCAUCUUUCAGGAAAAAAUGGACAAGGCAGAUACUGAAUCGAGUGUCAUUUCAUGUGGACAGUGGGCAGAUAAUGGGAAUUCUGGGGAAUUCAGGUUCUGGAAAAACCACUCUAUUAGAUGCUGUAGCAGGACGAAUCGGGAAUUCUGGUAAACUCCUUGGAGAGGUUUUUGUGAAUGGAAGAAAGCUAAAAGCAGAGCAGUUCCAAGACUGUUUCUCUUAUGUGCUCCAGAGUGACAAUCUCUUGAGCUAUCUGACUGUGGAGGAGACUCUGACAUACACUGCUCAGCUUGCUUUGAGAAAACACUCUUCUGAGGCCAUACGCAAGAAGGUAGCUGCAGUCAUGGCAGAGCUGAGUUUGGGACAUGUGGCUCACAGCGUGAUUGGAGGCCGCAUUUUCCCAGGCAUUUCUGGUGGAGAGAGAAGGAGGGUUUCCAUUGCCAGCCAGCUGCUUCAGGACCCAAAGGUGAUUCUUCUGGAUGAGCCGACCACAGGACUGGACAGCAUGACGACUAAUCAGAUCGUGGUGCUGCUGGCUGAACUGGCCAGAAGAGAUCGAAUAGUCAUUGUGACCAUCCAUCAGCCCCGUUCAGAACUUUUCAGGGUGGCUGUUGCAGUAGCUAAUGCUCAGGGCUGUACAUUUCUGGCUUACAUCAUCCAUAUCCUGCCCUUCAGUAUUAUCAGCGUGUUCAUCUUCACCUCUUUCUUGUACUGGACCGUUGGCAUGAACCCAGAUCCUGUGCGCUUUGUGUGUUUUUCAGCCGUGGUCAUGGUUCCUCACAUCGUUGGUGAACUUUUAACACUGGUCUUGUUGGGGGUCGUUCAAGACCCCAAUAUGGUCAACAGCGGGGUCGCUCUACUCAAUAUAGCUGGAAUCAUGGUGGGAUCUGGAUUUCUAAGGAGUUUUAAACAAAUGCCUGUGGUGUUCCAAUGGCUGAGUUAUCUAACCUUCCAGAAGUACGGCUGUGAGCUCCUGAUCGUCACUGAGUUCUACGGCCUGAACUUCACCUGCACACCUUUAGCAGGUUUGCCAGGUUCAUGUCUGAUGGACAGUGGAAAUAUGAUCAUAGAUCAGGGUUAUCCUGGAGCUCUUUCACGUUACACACAAGACUUCCUCCUGCUCUACGCCUUCCUGCCUGCUCUCGUGAUACUGGGCAUCAUCAGCUUUAAGAUCCGCGAUCACCUCGUCCGACGCUAAGGUCCUGAGUGUGUGUGUGUUGAUGUGAAUGUUAUCUUAUGUUCUUUAUUUUGUAUAUAGAAUAUCUUUGAAUCAUAUAUAGUAGCCUACACUAUAUCCAGAUAACCUCAACAUGAAAGCUGAAUCCAUCAACCUUUUCCACAGUUAUUGAUCCAUUUUCUCCACAAUGUGAUGUACCAUUAUUGUUUGUGGUAUAUAUAAUAAUUUCUAAUGUGGCUGUAAAUAAUCUGUUAUAUACAAUAAAUGUUUAAUAAAAUGUGUAACUGAUGUUUUAAAAUGUAUUUAGAAUUAAAUGGCAUUUACAGCAUUUGAAUAAA